AUGUGUAGCCAGGUGAACAACACCUCUACCACUCGUUACAUGUGGAGCCUGCUCCGACAUCUCCUGGACCCAGCUGGAGGCAAGCUCCAGGCGCGCCAGCACCUUAAGCGAAUAUUCCACCAGUAUCCUGGCAUCCCAGAUGAGCUCAAAACUAUUUCACACCUACAUACGGCCCUAACCGGCAACCAGCCUCCCCUUUUAUCUGGGCAAAACAACCCUGACCUAGACCCUCUAAUCAAAUUAGCGGAAAUCCGAGCAGAACUCUAUUACCUUAAGACCAAAUCAGCGGCCGAACCCGACCACAUUUCUUUCUCAAUGCUUAGGAAUGUAGAUGACGCCUCCAUUCACGCCCUCGUCGACUACCUUCAAGAAUGCUGGGCCUGCUGUAGCAUUCCGCAGGAACUGAAGUGCGCCAAAGUAGUGUUCAUUAUCAAGCCGGGAAAACCACCCACGUUGGCCAACCUUCGGCCCGUCUCUAUCGCUUCCUGUGUUGGGAUGCUUAUGGAACGCUUUAUCGAGACCAGACCCCUUCGCUACCUCGGUGACAACCACCUUCUAGCAGACGCAAUGUUCGGCUUUCGCCCCCAUCUGGCAGCCCCGGACAUUAUGCUUCACCGUCACCAGGUCGUCAUGAGCGGUACGCUAGACAAGAAAGUCAUCGUUGGUCUCGUUGUUGCCGAGGUUUUCGACAACGUACUCCACGAAUCCAUUCUUCAAAAACUCCAGACCCUUGGAGACGGACAUCGCACAUAUGCCUACGUGGGAGACUUUCUCACCGACCGCAAAAUACAGCUCAGCGACGGCACCGCACAUUCCUGCAGAAUCUCUCCUGACAACCGUGGCACACCGCAAGGCUUCGUUCUAUCGCCAGUGCUGUUCGACGUUGCACUGAUAGGGAUACCUAAGCUUCUCGCUGACACGCACAACUUACGCCACAGCCUGUAUGCUGACGAUCUCACUCUUUGGAUCACAGAGGGCAGUGACGGCCAGAUCGAAGAGGCCCUCCAGACUGCCAUCGAUCGGCUAGGAAGAUAUCACGAUACAGCUGACCUUAGCUGUUCGGCAACUAAGUCAGAGUACAUAAUCAUCCCGUCCCUAGGACUGCGCCACCUAAGGUACUUCCUGAGGUCAACCUUCAGGUACAAGGCAACUCAACCCCUCUCACAGAUCGCAUCAAGAUUCUUGGCCUACACCUACAGGCAAAUGGCAGCAAGAGUAUUUCGCUCCAACGCAUCGACCAGUCAUCGCAAGCGUGUGGCCCUCGGUAUCACCAACACAGUGAGCAAGCUGAUAAAAGCUACCAUCACCGAGCAAUAUGAGCGGCUGUCACUCACACACGCUGGCCUAGCAAUACUGCAGCAAGCUGGAAUCUCACCAACCAGGGCAGCCCGCAUCUACGCUGACCUCACACCGGAAUGUCGUGGAAGUCUCCACAUCCCUCUCGUUCUCAAACAGAUGGAUCUGGAUGACCACGCCCAAGAGUGGCUCAGCGGAAACGCCCAGGUGCACACACUCGCCCGAGACCUUAGCUGCCAAGCCGAGUGUAGGAUCGACCGUGUUGCUUCCUCUGGCGCAAGCAUGUCGCACGAUUCUCUAGUAACCACCUAUACGGGCAUCCUCCAGCACUACCGACUCGGGAGAUGA